ACACGAGUACUUAUAUUUCUUCAUAAUAAUUUGUAAAAUUUCAUAAUUUCUUAUAUAUUUUAGUUUCAUAAAAAUGAAUUAAAAUGUUGAAUAUGUAUAAAAUUCACGAUAUUAUAAAACUUUAUAAUCGAGACAAACCGGUCUCUCCGAUCUAACAUGGCCAAAGAGCUGAAGUUGGCCUUUCUGCAUGUCAGCAUUUCAGGCAAGCCGAAGUAUGUAGGCAUUGAAAACAGGUCUAAAUUGAACUAGCUCUGGACUCUAUUCAUGAUUAUUACGCACGUAAAACACAAGUAUAAUUUGGUGACAACAUUUAUUAGAAACUGCUCUACUAUAAAUUCAUUAUAUUAUUCCAACACAAAGAUUACUAGUUAUUUCAGAUGCGGUGAUAUUGAUUCUGCAGUUCAAUUGUUUGAUAAAUUACCCCACAAGAAUCUUGUCACUUGGAAUUGUAUGAUUUCUGGGUAUGUCAAGAAUGGAAAGGUUUCUGAGGCUCGGAAGGUGUUUGAUAUAAUGCCUCACAGAAAUGUUGUUUCUUGGACUGCAAUGUUAACUGGGUAUGUGAGGUUUGGGGAUUUAGAAGAGGCGCGUAGCUUGUUUGAUGCUAUUGGUAGCAAGAAUGUUGUGUGCUGGAAUGCAAUGUUAUCGGGGUAUGUAAGGUGUGGGAGGAUGAGAGAAGCUAGAGAACUUUUUGAUGCAAUGCCGGUAAAGGUAAAGAAUUGCGUAACGUGGGCUACUAUGAUUGAAGGGUGUUUCUAUGAAGGGGUUGUGAGUGAGGCUGAGGUUUUGUUUGAUUGUGUUCCUGAGAGAAGUGUUUUGGUGUGUAAUGCUAUGUUGGCUGGUUAUGCUGAAAAAGGCGAUGUUGAUGCUGCUUAUGAGUUAUUUAUUAGGAUGCCUAAAUGUGAUGUAGCGUCGUGGACGAGUGUGAUAAAGUGUUUCCUGAAAAAAGGGGAAUUGGGAAGAGCACGGGGAUUGUUUGAUGAUAUGCCUAAAAAGGAUAUUGUGGUUUGGACAGUUAUGAUAAGGGGUUAUUUGGAUAAUAAUCUCAUUGUAGAGGCUCGUAGAUUAUUUGACGACAUGCCUUGUCGAGACGUUGUUACGUGGAACUGUAUGAUCAGUGGUUAUGUACAGAAUGACAUGUUGAGUGAUGCUCUCGAGUUGUUCAGGGACAUGCCAGUGCGAAAUAUAGUGUCAUGGAAUUCUAUACUGCAAGGUUAUGUGCAACAAAAUGAUAUAGUUCGGGCACAAAAUUUCUUUGAGAAGAUGCCUCAAAAAGAUAGAACUUCAUGGAAUACAAUGAUUUCUGGAGAUCAAAGUGAGGGAGCUUUUGUUCUUUAUGUCCUGAUGUUGCGAACUGGACUUCAGCCUGAUCAAGGGACACUAUCCAGUAUAAUGUCUGCCUGUGGCACAUUUGCAGUACAUGGUUUUGGAAGAGCAGUACACUCUUCUAUAGUUAAGAUUGGAUAUGAAACUGAUUCUAUGGUCACAAGUACAAUAAUAUCAAUGUAUUCAAAAUGCGGUCUUAUAAAUGAUAGCGUUUCAGUGUUUGAGAGAAUGGUAAAUAUGGAUACAGUAGCCUGGAAUGCGAUUAUUGUGGCACACGCAUAUGCUGGCUCAGCUAUUGAAGCCCUGAAUCUCUUUUGUCUCAUGAUUCAGUAUGGACUCAAGCCAGAUAAUGUCACAUUCCUUGGUGUUUUGGUUGCUUGUUCUCAUUCAGGUAUGGUUAAUGAGGGCUUGAAGUACUUUGUGUCUAUGGAUAGAGACUGGAAGCUGAUCCCAAAGGCAGAACAUAUUGCUUGCAUGAUUGAUCUUCUUGGAAGAUCUGGAUAUCUGUUUGAAGCUUAUGAGCUAGUCAAACAGAUACCUGUUGAUGUCCCAACAUACACCUGGGAAAUAUUAUUAAGUUCCUGUAGAGUUCAUAACAAUUAUGCACUAGCUGAACGUGUAAUGCAGAAGCUUUCUUUUCUGAAACGUCCAAAUACAGGAACAGGUGUACUUUUGUCAAAUAUUUAUGCUGCAAGAGGGAUGUGGAACGAUACAGAAAACGUCAGAAUUUCAAUGGAACAUGCUGGAAUAAAGAAAGAAUUAGCCUGCAGUUGGAUUGAAAUGAAAGGUCAGAUUUAUCGUUUUGUGUACAGGGACAAGUCUCAUCCACAAAUGGAGAACAUGAAGUAUGAAUUGGAGUCUCUUGCAGUAAUCAUGAAGGAACCUAGCCUAAAAAUCCACUGAGGAAGGCUAAAAUUAUAUCUCCUUUGAUUUGCACGGGAUUAACAUUUAAAGAAAGUAGCAAUUCAUCUAGACAAAAACCAGGAAUGAAUUGUAUUUGAAACUUCCUAGUGAAAUUUCCUGGAAUUGUUUAAUAUGAUCUAUGAAAGUAACAGGAUUGGCAUUUUUGGAGAACCUUGUUUUGCCAAUUGAUUCUUGAAGAGCCUUGAACUAAACAUGCAACAGUGCAGCAUGACCUGAAAGAAAUUGAGGUAUGAAGAUUGUUCUAGCGGGUGCCUGCAUGACUUAAAUUUAAAAUGGUUUUGCAUAAGCAUCAUGCAGUUUGACUGAGCGCCUUCGUGAAGUUAUGUAUGGCCACACUACUACAUAAUGAAGUUCCAACUGUAUAUAUGGAGCAAAGUUUCUUUUUGCUUGCACUGGGCCUACAAAUUCUUGGGAGACAACUUAACUGAAUCAAGAUGCUAUAGUUAAUAACAAGGCUUAGCACCCAGAACAUGUCUAGAUAUCUCCUUUGCAACCAAGGGCAAUUAUGGUUGUGAACUGCGGAGUAUGAACCCCUUAUAAAAAUAUUUCAUGAAGAAAGCCAAUCUCUUCAACAAAGUGUUUUGUGCACGGUGAACCUUAUAUCUACGAAGUAGUUGCUUUGGGUUCAGCUCUUUAUAUGUUUUCCUUGCACACAUUAGUAGUAAGUAGUGGUUGCGAGUUUAUCUCUCCCAUCAGCAUGUAUUUACACGUGGACAUGCCUAGGCUCUAGUUAUGAUCAAUGUACUAAGGCUGUAUUAAUUUGGAUGGAAUGGAAUGGGGGGAAUGAAAUGAAAUUUGUACUAUAAAUUAGGGAUGAUCGGAGAAAAUAUCUAUAAUUUUCAUUUCUUCAAUCAGUCCAUUUCAAACUA